AAUCGGGAUUUUCCAUUCUAUAGUAAAAUUGUGUAACCGAUUUCUUCGUAAAAUAAUUUAACGGAAUAAUAAUGGGCAAUAGAUCGAGUUUACUUCUGCGUGAGGAAGAGAUUGCUCAAAUUCAAGAGGCAACUGGGUUUACCCCUAAUCAAAUAGAGCGACUUUAUAGUCGAUUUACUAGUCUCGACCGGGGUGACUGUGGAACGCUGAGCAGAGAAGAUUUCCUUAGAAUUCCAGAACUAGCAAUUAAUCCACUUGGCGACCGCAUAGUAAAUGCUUUCUUUGACGAGAGUGGGAACGAUCGAGUGAAUUUUUUGCAGUUUAUGCAGGUUCUUGCAUUAUUUAGGCCAAUUAAGAAGAACAGUCUUAAUCGAUUGAAUUCUAGACAAGAAAAAUUGAAAUUUGCUUUUAAAAUGUACGAUUUGGAUAAGGACGACUUAAUAUCAAAAGAUGAGCUGUUGGCUAUUUUACAUAUGAUGGUUGGAGCUAACAUCAGUGAAGAGCAACUCAUCAGCAUUGUUGAAAGGACAAUCAUGGAGGCUGAUGAAAAUGGCGAUGGAAUGAUAUCAUUUGAAGAAUUUUGUAAGGCUUUAGAACGCACAGAUGUGGAGCAGAAAAUGUCAAUAAGAUUUCUUAGUUAAAACUAUUGUUAUUAGGAUAAGAAGUACAAAAUUGCACUAUUAUCUAAAGAAAGUUGAUAAAACAUCCUAUCAACAAAGCAUGUUGCUACUUGUACAGCAGGUUAUCGAGGUAAACUGUAAAACAUUAAAGUGUACUACAUUUUAUUCCAUCAAUAAGAAGACAAUGGGGGUAGUUUAAGUGUUUGGUACAUUUGUAGAGUGUAAUCAGUAGGAAGAGUGCUGCUGCACUAGUUCGACAAUGGAAAUACUUAAAUUACACUUUAAAUGUAAAAACAAUUGUUACCAAAAGUGAUGGAAUACUAUUAUAGUCAUAUUAUACCUAAGAAGUUGCUAAGGUACUAAGAUUUUACUUUGCACACACUUCUCAUUUUUAUCGAUUCCGUUCAUACCUCAAGAUGCAUCAUUUAUUUAAUAUAUAUUUUUUUUUGAGUAUGUAAUUAUAUAUGUAUAUACAAAUAGAGAUAACUAAUUUUGUGAAUCCAUCAAGAUUUGAUAGAAAAGGAAACGGAUCAUUUUUAUAACUCUGGAGGAUUUUGUCUGUUUUACAUUGACCUAAAAUUGUGUAUUCAUAGUUUAACAAAGUACGCUUUCAAAUUAUAAUAAUGAAAGUUACUUUAUGGUUGACAUGUAGUUAUAUUUUCGUUACAAUAAGCAUUAGGAGUGUACUUACAAUAACGAAAAAAAUGCACUGUGGUACGUCGCAAUUGCAUGAUAUCUUACUGCAUUUUAAAUAUACUUUUCUUUUCCUUUA